AUGACCUCGAGAUGCGAGCAUCAAACCGUUCCGCUGUCAGUUCUACUGAAACGAGAAUUAGCGAGUGAGAAAAUUGAAGACCCGGUGAUUGUACACGGACAAGCUAACCAUAGUAAGAAAGGCGAAGAUUUUACGUUGCUUAAAACAGAAUGCCAAAGAGCGAUGGGAGAUGGUUUCACCACAUUCUCAGUUUAUGGGCUCUUUGAUGGACACAAUGGAUCUGCUGCUGCUAUUUACACUAAAGAGAAUCUUCUAAAUAAUGUUCUAAGUGCCAUGCCGUUAGAUCUUAAUAGAGAUGAAUGGAUUGCUGCCCUUCCAAGAGCUUUGGUUGCAGGAUUUGUUAGAACUGAUAAAGAUUUUCAACAAAGAGCAAAAACAUCAGGAACAACUGUGACAUUUGUGAUAAUAGAAGGAUGGGUUAUAACAGUUGCAUCUGUUGGUGAUUCCCGCUGCAUAUUUGAAUCAGCUGAAGGUGGAAUAUAUUACUUGUCAGCUGAUCAUAGGCUUGAAUGCAAUGAAGUGGAGAGGGAACGGAUCACUGCAUGUGGGGCUGAGGUUGGUCGGCUAAAUGCUGGUGGUGGUGCAGAGAUUGGUCCUUUGAGAUGUUGGCCUGGAGGCUUGUGUCUUUCACGAUCCAUUGGUGAUAUGGAUGUUGGGGAGUUCAUCGUUCCUGUUCCAUAUGUAAAGCAAGUAAAGUUAUCUACAGUUGGUGGUAGGAUGAUCAUCUCUAGUGAUGGUGUUUGGGAUGCUUUAUCAGCUGAAGAAGCUCUUGAUUUUUGUCGCGGACUGCCACCAGAUGCAGCUGCUGCUCAGAUUGUGAAAGAAGCUGUACAGUCAAAGGGUCUUCGAGAUGAUACAACCUGCAUUGUUGUUGAUAUCUUACCACCAGAGAAGCCAGCUGCUCCUUUGCCGCCACCAAAGAAGCCAGGCAAAGGUAUGUUUAAGUCCAUGUUUCACAAGAAGAAUUCUGGAUCAUCUUCUCAUGAUAAAGAAGAAUACAUGGAGCCUGAUGUGGUGGAAGAAUUAUUUGAAGAGGGAUCUGCUAUGCUUUCAGAAAGGUUGGUUACAAAAUAUCCACUGUGCAACAUGUUUAAGCUGUUCAUGUGUGCAAUCUGUCAAAUAGAGAUGAAACCUGGAGAGGGUAUUUCGAUUCAUGCUGGCAAAUCUAAUUCAGUAAAGUUUCGUCCAUGGGACGGUCCUUUCCUUUGUUCUAGUUGCCAGGGGAAGAGAGAAGCCAUGGAAGGGAAAAGACCAUCAAGAAAUAGACAUGGUAGUGACAGUGACUAGCUAGACCUUUCUAAAUACUGUUGGGUUUUGUGGGCCCUAAGGAUUGUUCUAGUGGUGGUCAUGAAUGGGGAAAAUGGUGCAUUCUCUAUAUUGCAAUUUCCUUCAGUUUCUUAUUUGAGGGCAUCAAACACCCAUUUGAAUCAAUACUCCCAAGGUGGCUUUGGGAGUGAGGAGACGUGUGUAACCUCGAGUGAAAAUGGAAAGAAAAAAAAUAGCUGGAAGGUUUUUGAUGGACUCAACCAGUGGGAUAGUGGCAUGCCUCAGAGGUAAUUCCUUUUCUUCAUAUGUAUUCAUCGCAUUAUAAACCAAUCGCUCCAAAUUAAUAGAGCCAACAUUAAAUGAUAGAUGACAUCGAUGUAAUGUUGUUAUAAUAUAGGGAGUUUCAUGCUAGGAAGAAAACUUGGGUGAUUAGCUUGCUGAAUGAAAUUUGUUCAUGUAUCAUUGGUUAUUUGUUAUUUCCUUCCAAAUUUGACAACUGGGAAGGUAAUCUUUGGUAUAGAAAGAAAUUGCAAAUUCCAUUAUUCUUUCCCACUAGAGGUUCAAGAAUUCUGGUUCUA